UCUGCUCAAGAACCUUUCGGCGAACUUCCUUGCAUGCAUGCAUUACAUACGACGAGCGCGCGCUCUUGCGCUUGACUCCAUCAAGUCCCGCAAUCAGCCAGCGGUCGUCGCAUGCUACUGGAUGAACUGCGAAUCAUUCGGUUCCUAGAUUCUAGCCCGGCCGGACGCGCGCGCGCUCCUUCCACGCGGACGACGAGUGUGUAUCGCUCGCUAGCAAACGCGACUACACAGAGUUCCCCAACAGAGAAGCUAAUCUCGCGCGUCAGGUCGCUCGAUGUGAUAUCAAAGCGCGACAACAGAGUCGAUGAUAAGCGGCAGUGCGAUCGAUUUGGUUGCAUGUGAUAAAAAUAUCUAUAAGACAGCCGGACAAUAGGUUCCACGAGUGGUUGAACUAAUUCUAGCUAAUCAGCUGCUAAUGAUCGGCAGUAAUAAUUUGCUCGCCUACUAGUUUGCUGCUGGACGAAGAGAAGUGUUCUAGAGUGUGCGAAAGAGAGGAGUUCUGAAUCCCGAUACGAAAAGGAAGCCUUAUACCUACUCUAAGCAGGCUGUGUGUAACCACCAAGGUGCCGUGUUGUAACGAUUUUAGUAUAUAGUGCCAUACCACGUUUCAGUGAGCGUUUGAAAACCACCACAAAAGUUCCCACUCGAGUCGGCACGGUAGCUGCGGGAAUUAGCAAAACCUACCAGCGACUAGUAUCUAAGAAGCUAAGUUCAAUAGAUCAGUCAUUACGCGUCAGUCGUUGGUUACUGAGAAAGUGUCGUCGUUGUCGUCGUCGUCGAUAGUGAUUUUCCACUGAAUCAAUUAGAAUCGCUAAUCCCACCAGCAACAACGAUAAAAUAAUGCAACUGUGGUUACGAGCGUUGGGGGUGCUACUCCGGAUAGCAAAUGUGGUGCUGUUGCCGUUGAUCCGGUUUGUGGGUGGGCCCCGGCGGAAGACACCCUUCCCGGAGAUUCGUAACGAAAUGCUGAACAUACCGGCUGUGGACCUGGCGGAGAGAAUCAGGAACAAAGAGCUCCGCUCGGAAGACGUGGUACGGGCCUACAUCGACCGGAUCCGGGAGGUGAAUCCGUUGAUCAAUGCCGUGGUCGAGGAACGAUUCGCGGCGGCCAUCGAGGAAGCCAAGAAGGCAGACCAGAUGAUUGCCGACAUGCAAACGAUUUGGCUCAUCAAAACCUAUCCGCUGCUGGGGGUUCCAUUCACGGUGAAGGAAAGCUGCGGGUUGAAAGGUGCCCUGUUCACCGGAGGCUCUCUACCUCGUGCGGGAAUCAAGGCGAGCUCCGACGGUGAAGCGGUGGCACUACUGAGGGCGGCCGGGUGUAUUCCCCUGUUGGUGUCCAACACGCCGGAAUACUGUCUCAGCUGGGAGUCGUACAACCACAUCACCGGCCGAACGUUGAACCCGUACGAUAACCGCCGGACGGCCGGCGGUUCCUCCGGAGGGGAGGGUGCACUGAUUGCGGCCGGCGCUUCGCUGUUCGGCGUGGGAAGUGACGUUGCCGGAUCGAUCCGGGUGCCAGCGCUGUUCAACGGCAUAUUCGGCCAUAAGCCAACGGCAGAUGUCAUUUCAAUCAACGGACACUUCCCAUUCUCUUCGGACGAAAAGUUCCGCAACUUCCUCACGGUGGGUCCGAUGUGUCGCUACUCGAAGGAUCUCCCCACCCUGGUCCACAUCAUGGCCGGUUCGAAAGCGUACAAACUUCGCCUAGAUGAAACGGUUUACACCAAAGACAUCAAGAUUCACUACAUGGAAGACUUCGGCUUCAACGUGGCAUUCGUCCCGGUCGAGGAGGAGAUCAAGAUCGCCAUGUACCGUGCGGUGCAGUUCUUCAAGGAUCACGGCCUCCAGACGGAACGGGCCGAGUUCGACAACUUGAACCACAGCAUGGAGAUGGCCAUGUGUACGCUGCAGUCGCUUGAAGACGUGCCGAACAUGUUUGACAGCCGGGAGAACCCCAAGGAGAAGCACAGUCUGCUGUUGGAGUUGGGUAAGUCGCUCAUCGGCCGAUCGCAGUUCACUCUUGCAGGGAUCGUGUUCUACAUCCUGUACAAUACGAAGCAUCUGUUCAGCCCCGAAGAUCAGCAGCGAUAUCUGCGAAUGAAGGACGCACUCCGAAAGCAGUUGAUUGAAACCCUGGGCACGGAAGGAGUGCUGUUCUUGCCGACUUAUCCGACGCCAGCUAUCCGACACUACGACUCAUUCGGUCACAUUACCGGUGUGACGUACACGAUGCUUUUCAAUGCGCUCGGAUUCCCCGGAACCCACGUCCCGUUGGGAUUCAACAAACAGGGCCUGCCCAUCGGCAUACAGGUAGUGGCCGCUCCCUACCAGGACCGGCUAAGUCUCUGCAUUGCACGCGAAUUGGAAGCUGCAUUCGGUGGAUGGAAGGCACCGAAAUGAGAGCUUUCGUCUCACUGGAGGUAAAAUGGUUUGUUAAUUUUUAUCGGAUUAACGUUGUUAAAGGUGGGGAAUGGAUUUCCGUAUUUAUUUGUACGUAAGGAGGACAAAGAACGCUAAGCCAAAAGAUAUUUGAAAACUUUGUGUGAUUGUGUGCUUGCGACGCGAACGAAAGGCUGUGUGAUAAUGUGAAUAGCAUUCAAAUUUAAUUUGAAAGCGAAAUCGAUCUUAACGUAAUUACAGGAAUUUUUAUGAUAAAAA